UAGAGUGUGGCGGAUUCACAGAGACCUUCUUCCUUUUAUAAAUAAGAAAAAAGAUCGAGGAGGAGAUAUAUUCUAAACAGCGAAGUUGCAGUCUCCAAUCCAAAACAGUCCAUCUUGAUCAUAUUAUGGCCAUAUCUAAAACCACACUGGCUAUAGCACCAGUGGCCGUGGCAGCUCUUCUCUAUCGACUCGUUGAGUUCGACCCGGCGCCGAUGCCCGAGGAAGCGUUGUCUAGAUCUCCCAAUGUGCCCGCGAAUCGAUAUGGAGUGCUCGGAUCGGCGGAGCGUAUCGGGGAGGGCCUCCUGCCAAGUAACGAAGACCUUGCUUACGACGCCGAUACGGGACUGUUGUACACGGGUUGCAGCGAUGGUUGGAUUAAGCGUUUCCACGUGGAAGACUCUGCUGAGAAGGUGAAGGUGGAAAACUGGGCUUACACAGGCGGCCGACCUCUUGGUUUGGCUUUCGGACCCGACAAGCAACUCACCGUCGCCGAUGCUGACAAGGGACUAUUGAGGUUGAUUAGUAAUGGAGAAGGAGGAGCAACUCCAAAGGUGGAAUUGUUGACGGAUGAGGCGGAAGGAUUGAAAUUCCGGCUAACGGACAGCCAGGAUGUGGGAAGAGAUGGAGUGAUAUACUUCACAGAUGCAUCGUACAAGUAUAGUUAUGCAGAUCACUUGUAUGACUUGCUCGAGGGUAGGCCCUACGGUAGGCUGUUGAGCUUCGACCCAUCCACUAAUGAGACCAAAGUGUUGGUACGCGACCUAUACUUCGCCAAUGGGGUUACCCUCUCACCUGACCAGGAAUUCCUCAUCUUCUGUGAAACGAUGUUGCAAAGAUGUAAUAAAUAUCACCUCCAAGGCAAGAAGAAAGGAAUUGUGGAGAAUUUCAUCGACAAUUUGCCCGGUAUGCCAGACAACAUCCGAUACGACGGAGAUGGCCACUAUUGGAUUGCGUUAGCCGCGGUAAUUCACUUAUCCAGUUGUGAUACAUUGUUCCAAUUGUUGCUCCACCUCUCUUCCUCUUUC